AUGGCAAACCUAUUGGCAAAUGGGAUUGUUGAAGGUCAAUCUACUUCUAGACCUCCUUAUUUUGAUGGUUCAAAUUAUGCAUAUUGGAAAGCUAGAAUGAAAAUUUAUUUGCAAUCUAUUGACUAUAAUUUGUGGUUAAUUGUUGCUAAAGGUCCUUAUGUACCCAUGAAAAAUGUUGAUAAUGUUGAUACGCCUAAAUUAGAAGAAGAGUAUGAUGAAAAUGAAAUGAAAAAGUGUUCAUUUAAUGCUAAGGCUAUUAAUUGUUUGUAUUGUGCCUUGAGUAAAGAUGAAUUUAAUAGAAUAUCCAUGUGUUCUUCCGCUCAAGAAAUUUGGAAUACUCUUGAAAUUACUCAUGAAGGAACAAAUCAAGUUAAAGAGUCUAAAAUUAGCAUGUUUGUUCAUAAUUAUGAAUUGUUUAAGAUGGAUGCUAAUGAGACUAUCACCGAUAUGUUUACUAGAUUUACUAACAUCAUAAAUGCUUUGAAGGGUCUUGGUAAAGUUUAUACAACUUCCGAAAAUGUUAGAAAAAUUCUAAGGUCUCUACCUAAGACUUGGGAAGCUAAGGUAACGGCGAUUCAAGAAGCAAAGGAUCUCACCAAACUUCCACUAGAGGAGCUUAUUGGCUCACUCAUGACUCAUGAGAUCAUCAUGAAGGAGCACUUGGAGGAUGAGUCCAAAAAGAAGAAGAGCAUUGCAUUAAAGACUAUCUCCUUGGAAGUUGAUCCCGAAGAUGAGGAUGGCCUUGAUGAAGAUGACAUUGCUUAUUUCUCACGUAAGUACAAAAAUUUCAUAAAAAGAAAGAAAUAUUUCAAGAAACACCUAUCAACCCAAAAAGAGUCAAAAGGUGAGAAAAGCAAAAAGGAUGAGGUGAUUUGUUAUGAAUGCAAAAGAUCGGGUCAUAUAAGAACGGAUUGUCCUCUCCUCAAAUCAUCUAAGAAAUCCAAGAAGAAGGCAAUGAAGGCUACAUGGGAUGAUAGUAGUGAAAGUGAAAGUGAAGUUGAAGAAAUGGCAAAUCUUGGUCUCAUGGCUCAUAGUGACAAAGAUGAUGAACAUGAUGAUAAGGUAACUCUAGAACCUCUUUCUAUUGAUGAAUUAUUUGAAAAUUUUGAAAGCAUGCAAAAUGACCUAGAAAAACUUAGUUCUAAGUAUGUUGUGCUUAAGAAGAAAUACAAUGUUUUAAUUAGUGAAAAUAAGUCUUUACUUGAUACAAUUGCUUGCUUUAAAGAGAAUGAAAAUUUUGAGCAAAUUGAAGAAUUGAAUGUCUCUAGUGAUAAGCAUGUUUGUAUUGAGAAAGAUGCUUUGCUUGAUAAAGUUAGAUUUCUUGAGCAUGAUAGUUGUGAAAAAGAUAACUUGAUUAAAGUGCUUAAAGAAAAUGAACUAAGUGUUUUACAAGAACUUGAUAAAGCUAAAGAAACUAUUAAAAAGUUGACAAUAGGUGCUCAAAGAUUGGACAAAAUUAUUGAAGUAGGAAAAUCUUAUGGUGAUAAGAGAGGUUUAGGCUAUAUUGAUGAAUCAUCUACUCCUUCAAGUUCUAAAACUACAUUCGUUAAAGCAUCACCUAUUGUGCCUAAGUUUAACAUGUCUAAUCAUGUGUCUAAUCAUGUUAAAUCUAGUUUUGUACCCAUAUGUCAUAAUUGUGGUGUUGAAGGUCACAUUAGACCUAAAUGCUUUAAAUUGAAGUAUGCUCAAAAUACUUAUUCAAGAAGAAAUUUUUCGCAAAGAGCAAAGUUUUACAUUGCUCCAAGGAAGAAUUUCUCCAAUAAAAGUAGAGUACAUAAAUUUGUUAUGAAAAAUAAAUCUUUGCAUAAUGUUGUUUGUUUUUCUUGUGGCAAGUAUGGACAUAAAGCUUAUUCUUGUUACCUAUCUAGAUCUAGUGCUUGUAAUGUCUAUGAAAAAAUGAAAUGGAUCCCUAAAUAUGUAAAUGCUAACAUUCUAGGACCCAAACAAGUAUGGGUACCAAAGGAUCAAACUUGAAAUUAGUUGUUUUUAGGUUUGUUUGAAAGCCUCCAAGAAAAACAAAUGGUACUUGGAUAGUGGUUGCUCAAGACACAUGACGGGAGACCGAUCCAAGCUUAUCUCUUUCUCCAAAAAGAAUGGAGGCAUGGUAACCUUUGGUGACAACAAGAAAGGUAAAAUAAUUGGUAAGGGUAAUAUAGGAAAUG